UGUUGAAGGCUGUGCAAGGUGGAACUGUACCUGCUGGUCAUUGGAUAUAGUGGAUACGGACUAUCUGAGUUAAGAUAUUAUAAUAAAGUUAGUGUCACUGGAAUACUGGAUAAACAACAAAUAUACGUGUGUCGUCACAUAGAGUUUAUUGUUGGUAGGCAAUAUACUAAACUACUCCUGAUCAUGUGUUGUGUUAUCAUUGAGUUAUAAUGAAUGCACAUUGCACAUAAUAAUUUUACUUGUUAUUGAUUUGUUUCGACCUUUUAUAAUUUUUAAAACAUUUUAUUGUGAUAGGUACAUGUUUGUUUUGAAGUGUUAAAUUUUUGUAUUGAAUUACGACUUUCAUUUAGUUAAUUAUAAAAUGUGUACAAUAUUUGAUCAAAUAAAAUUGUUGCACAGCCAAAAGUUAUACUCCAAUGUUAUAAAAGUGGUAAAUUUUGAUUCGCUUUACGUUUUGUAUUUUUAAUGCGUUUUAAAUAAAUUUCACUCGUGUUUUAGGCAGAAAUGGUUUUAAAAGUUAGUGAACAUACAGUAGAUAUCUUAACUGCGCCCCAUAAAUUUCGAAUAUAUUCAUAUCUUGGUGACUCACAUUACUUCUUAGACAAUUAUCGUCAAGCAAUAGCUGUCUAUAAAUCAGCUUUAAUAUUCAAAGAUGCCUGUUCUACUACAAAAACCCUACUUAAACCAAAAGAGUGUGAAAGUGUAAAAGAUCCUAUGCCUGAUGUGGGUAAGUAAAUUAAAAAGUUAUCAACAAAAUACUAUUUUCUUGUAUCAAAUAUUGUUUCUUUUUCAGAUAUAAAAUAUCAAUUGCAUUUAUGUUUUGUUAAAUUAAAAGAUAACAAACAAGCAUUAACAAUUUUACAAUCAAUACCAAUUAAACAAAGAAAACCUAAAAUUAAUAUGGCCAUAGGAAAAUUAAAUCAUUCAAUGGGUAAUAUAAUUCCAGCUGUUACUGCUUAUAAUAAAGUUUUAAAAGUAAGUAUUGAGAUAUGAAUAUUACUUUAUUUUUAAAGUUUUGAAAUUUUAAAAUAAAUUAUUGAUGGAUACAUUUUAUUUUGUUAGUCUCUAAAUAGGAUAUUGGUAGUAUCUUCCUCUGUAUAAUUAUUAAUAUUUCGAACACAAUAAAUACUAUAUUUAAUCAAAAUUUCUAUGUGCAAUUUUUAUUUAAACUUAAAAGUAUUUAUAUUUAUUCUUAUUAGUUUUUUUAAAUUUAAUUUUCUAUUUAAAAUAUUUUAGGAAAAGUAUUGAGUAUAUAAUUAUAUAUUAUUCAUAGGAAAGUCUGUGUUCAACUUCUUAUCUAGUAAUCUUGAAACACGAAUUGACUAUUGUUGAGUAUUUUUAAUUCUAAAAAAACACAAAUUAUUAAUAAACUAAAGGACUUCACUUACAACACAGUACUUAUAACUAUAACUAUACAUCAUUAAGCUUGGCUAACUUUGGCACCCGAGAAAUUACUUACAUAAAUGGAAGGUGAACAAAGGAGAUAUUCUACCUCCUCUCCUGAGAAUUGAAAAUUGAGCUAACUGUAGAUUGAAAUUAAUUAUGUAUAAUUAACAAUAAUUAUUAAUAAUAACAAUAUUUAUAUAAAACAAAUAUUAAAAUACGAAUUUAUAAAAUAAUAACUUACUCGUUCCUUUUACAGCUAACUAACUAGUUUACAUCUAUUUUGUAUUUUAAUUAUGUACUAGGUGCCCUACAGAAGUCUGACAAUUUCAAUAACUUUUAUUCUAUUCAAUAUUUUUAAGUUUCGCGUAUGUUGAAUUACGACAACAACUGUUACGAGGCUCGCACAUUGUGCCAUUUAGUAUUUAAAAUAACUAGGGAUGGACGGAAUCAAAUGCGUUUUGAUCGGGACACGGUUUAAUUUUCUCGUUGUGCGCAGUAUAGAGACUUGCAUUUUGAUUCUUACAUUUUAUAUUUUUCAUAAAACUAAUAAAAAAAAAUUUUUAAUUUUCUCUGCAAAAUCGAAAGAUAGCCAUUUUAUAAAUAAAAAUUUGAAAUAAAAUGUUAUUAAAAAUAUUUACUAAUAAUGAGUCGUUCAUUUUCUAAAAGGUAUUUAAAUAAGAUUUAGAGUGCUAGUUUUAGUUUAAAAAAAAUAUACUUAUAUACAUGUAUAAAAAUCAUAGCAUAAGGCUCAAAUAUUUAUUUCAAAAAAAUAACAAAACUUUAAAUAUUGAACAUUAUUAUUAUUAUUAUAGUUAUUGCAUUUGUCAAUUUGUCAGAUCUUUGUAGGACAUAUUUUUUUUAGGAGUGUCCACUUGCAAUUGAAGCAGCUGAAGGGCUUUUGAAUCUAGGCGUUAAAGGGGCAGAAGUGAACUCUAUGAUGAUAGAAAUGGUUGGAAUUUAUGGACUUGAAUGGUUUGUAUUUAAUAUUUAUGUAUUCAUAAUAAUUUAUUUAUAAUGUUUUUUUUUAUAGGAUUACUGGUUGGAUUAAAGCACAUGCCCAUUUAUUUAAUCAUACUGAUUAUCCUAAAGCCAUAAAUUCAUUAAAACAAUUGGAUGAUCCCUCAUCACCUUUAUGUAAUUGUAAUAGAUUAUUAGUAGCUAUAGGAAGAGCAUACUAUUUAAAUGGCGAUCGUAAAAAUGCACUUGUUUACUUACAAAGAGUUAGUUUUAAAAUUUAUGUUCUAUAAAUACUUUAACAAAAUAAAUCUUUUAGGCUUAUAAAAUAAAUCCACUUAUGCAAGAUGGCUUGUCUACAUUAGCAAUGUGUUUAUACAUGGAAAAACACAAUAAAGAAUUAGACAAAUUACUUCCAACAACUUAUACUGAUGAAUCAUCAGUUGAUCCUUAUAUGUGGAUAGUUCUAGCUUUUGUGUGUUUUAGCAAAAGUAAUUAUUCUAAAGCUUUGUGUUUAGCUCAAAAGGUAUUUAAAUUAGAAUGCAUUUAUAAUUUUUAGUGUAUAAUUAUUUAUAUUUAUUUUUAAAGGCUUGUUCUGUUGAUCCAAAAAGUAUUGAGGCACUAUUAUUACAUGGUAUGAUAUUAACUAGUAUGAAAAAAUACUCAGAUGCUAUUUUACAAUUUCGUAUAGCUAAUGAUGUAAGUAUGAAAAUAAUUAUAAUAUGUUUUUAUUAUUAAAUUAUUGUUAUAUUUUUUUUAGAUUGCAUCUCAUAUUUUUGAUCCUCAUAAAGGUAUUGUGGACUGCUAUAUAGCACAACAUAAAAUGAGGAAUGCCAUAACUGCUGCAAGUAAUUGUUGUAAACAAAUGGAUAACCAUCCAAAAGCAUAUACAGUAAGUAGUUCUUCAAAAUAAAAAUAAUUUGUAUUUUAAAUAUUUACUUACACUCUUUUAAAAAUUGUUUAUUUGAUAAAACAAAAUCCCCUCUUCUUUUUAUCUUUAUUAAUCAAUACAUAAAUACUAAGUUUUUUAUAAAUCAUUAUUAACUUUUUCAAUUUAAAAAAAGAAAUGAGUAUCACUCUGUCACUUAAUAUUCUAUAUUUAAUUAUUUAAAAUUUAUUUUAUGAUCCAGUUGUAUUCCUCGAUACUAAUCAAGGAUCCAAAUACUGUCGGUAAAGCAAAAAUACUUUUACAAAGAGCAAUAAAUGUUGAUGACGGCUAUUUACCAGCAAUAUAUAUGUUGGCUCAAAUACUUGAACAAGAAGGAAAUUACAGUUCUGCUAUAAUCCUAUUGCAUAGGCAGGCAUUAAAUCAACCAACUUGUAGAUUAUACCAAAUGCUGGGUGAUUUAAGUGUCAAGCAAAAUCAAUUAGAAAAAGCAUUUGAUUUUUUUUAUUCUGCACUAAAGUAAUUAAUUUGAUUUUAUACAUUAAAAUACAAAAUAUAUACUGUGAACACUUAAUUAUUAAUGGGUUUAAAAACUUAUCUAUAACAUAUUUUGGACAGUCAGUCAAAACAAUAUACUAAAACUGAUAAACUGACCUACUGGAUAAAAUUUUCUACUGUCACUGCUUACGAAUACUGAUGUAAUAUUUUGAAUAAAAAAAACGGUUUGGCAACUAUUAGCGAGACAAAUUCUGUUGUCAAUUUUUUUAAUAAUAUUUUAAAUAGAGAUUAAAAUAUACUAUUAUUUCAAUCCCAAUAUUAUAGAAUAAUUAAUACUGGAUUCUAUUAAUAACUAAUAAAAAAUAAUCAAUUUAAUUUAUUUUGUUAGGCCCGUUUAAUUUGAACUUGUAUCAAACAUGCUUAUUUCAUGUUCCCUUCAGAAUAACAUUUUUAAUAUUGACUAUUUGACAUAGACAAUACACAGCACGUUUUUGGGUAGUGGUGAAAUAUGCCUAUCAAAUAAGUGGAUCACGGCUAUUACUUGUAAUGGCAAGUUUCACAUUAACAUAUAUACAAUGUUUUAUAUUUUUCAUGUUUUUCGUUCCACUUGUCUUCGCAUAAUCAAUGCACCUUAUUGUAAAAAUAAUGUGUAACGACAAUGUUUUGAAAUUGCAUCACGUAAGGGUGUAUAUUCUAAUAUGUGUUACACUGAAAAUUAAACUAUAUUUAGUCACUUUUGUUUGACAAAUUAUAAUUUUAUAAUUCAAGCCAUUGGUUUAGAUUGGAAAAUUAGUAAUUUAGACAUUUUCAAAAUUGUAUUUAUUUGUUUUGAAAUCUAAACAAAAUUAACUCAAGCCCUUUUUCCUUGAGACCAAAGAUUAAAGGCUUUAGACUUUAGCCCGAAUAUUAUGCAUGGAUGAAUGCUAACACUAGUGACUCCAAUCAAACACUGAAGGAGUUAUUCAACAUUGGUUCGUAUUUGAAUCCUAACACAGAAAACAGUAACGUACAAACGUUCAAAAAAUAAAUAAUUUAUUAGGUUAGGUAAUAAUUAUGUUACUAUAAAAUCUAUUGAACAUUAAUAUGUAUAAACUCUAAUCAAAUGCUUCUAAUUAGAGGCAUUUGGUUUAUAAAAUGAAAUUAAUCUAUUGUAAGUAAAUGAAAUAUUACAUUUUAAACUAAAUGGAAAACCACAAAUAUUUAGUUAAAUAGUUAUAUUUAAAAUUUUACAUUUACACAUGUUCACUGUUUAUAUUUGUAUUACACUUUUAAAUUUUAAUAAUGAUCACUAAAUAAUAUUAAUACGUAAAUAUAUUAACAAAAUAAAUUUGUAUAUUCAAAUUUUGGUUUGUUUAGCCUUGACCCUAAUAAUAAACGAGUUAUGGAGAGUUUAGAGAGUUUGGGAAAACCAUGCAAUACUUCUACAGUGACUUCCGCCGAUUCAACUGGACCCAUAUUGAAUGGUUCACUUUUAGAUGCAACAUUUAGUGGUGUAAACAAUGCUGAAAAUGAAUCUACUCCGUUCAAUGUUGCUCAUGAGGAAGAUACAUUUAUGGAUUCUGAUCACGAAGGAUCCGGAUCAGACAUAUCCAUAUAAUUAUUAUUAUAAGUACCAAUGAAUUUAGCAACUUGAAUAAUUCCCAUUAUUGUUCAAUUUUGUGAUUAUGACAUGAAUAAUGAACGAUCUCGCCAUUUGGACAUCUUACAAAUGCGCUAUAACAUUAAUUAUUAUUAUAAAAUAACAUUAUUUUUAUUUUUUAAGUAAAAUACCUUUGAUUUCCAAAUCUCUUUUUGCAUACUCUACAAAUAUUGAAUUCUGUUAAGGUAAUAUUUUGUGAUUCAUAAAAUAUUCUCUGCUGUUGAAUCUAAUAAAUAGAAUUAAGAACUAUUAUAUUAAGCAUACAGAUAAACUAAUAAAACUACAUUUUACUUUUAAAAGUUUUGUGUUAAGUAAUCCUCGGUUUACUUGAUAAAGCCUCCUAUCGCCUAUUGCUUUAUCUAAAGCAAUUACCAGAUAAUUACUUAUACGAUGAAUUGGUAUUUCAUCUGGUAAUACUUUUAGUACAUCAGGAGUAGCAAUUUGUGAAGCAUUAUUGUUUAAAAUUUCAAUAACUUUUUCUAAAUUUGGAGCUGGUUUAGAUACACCUCCCAAUCCAGCUAACCAACUGUCUGGAGGGUCAAUUAGUAAUCUUAAUAAUGUUACAUAUAUCUAUUAACAAAAAAAAAAUUGUAAUUAAAGAAAAUACAUUUUUUGAUAUUAAUUAAUAUUACUUGAUCACAAUCUUGGUUUCUUGAUUUAUAAACUGUAUUACAAUAUUCAAUUGCUCGAUCUACGUCAUGCAAUACAGUGACAUACAUAGACAAAACUUGUUCAUGGCGACCAAGUUUACCCAAUACUAUAGCACGUUCUUCAAAAAAACCUAUAGAAUGAAUGUACAAUUAUAACUUG